AUGGCGCCCGCUGUCGACGACAUCCAGGUGGGCGACCUGGUGAACGUCCCUGGGGGCAUGCACGGGACGAUCAAAUAUCUGGGGGCUGUGGCCGGCAAACCGGGUCGGUUUGCAGGCAUCGAGCUCGCCGUGGAGCAUGCGAAGAGGGGGAAGAAUAGUGGUGAUGUCGACGGCCGCAAAUACUUCACCACGAGUGUGCCCGGGUCAGGCAUCUUCGUGCCCAUGAACAACAACAAAUACGUCACCAGACGCUCCUCAGGGACGCCGCCGACGCCUGUGCGGGCGGCUGCCCCCGUCAAUUUCAGCAAGUCCGUUGGUCCAGGCACCCCCUCGAUGCCACGCCCGCGUAUGCGGCAGCCCUCGCUCCCCAGACCGGAGUCGCCGCGAACCACGCAACCGCCGCUGCCACCACCCAAGCUGAGCCUGGGCGGGCUGCGGACGCCCUCGGCGUCGGCUCGACAAGGUCCCAGUCCGAACGGCUUUCCCCGGAGCCCACUCAAGGCUCCCUCGCGGCUGUCUGAUCGAGCUCCAUCCCGGAUGAGCUCCGUGGCCGAUGACGAUUUCCCCGUGUCCGCCCGGACUUCAGAUGUACAACGGAACGCGAAUUCGGUGGAGAUACAAGACCUGAAAGACCAAGUUAGGAGUCUGGAGACGCAGUUGAUGGAGAGGGACCGGCAGCUCGACGAGCAGGCCUCGACGCUGGCAGAAUUCCAGCGGACCAUCGAGGAGUUUGAAGGGUCCGAUGCUUUGUCCAUCCGGGCCCAGCUGCGCGAAAAGAACGACAAGAUCGCACAGUUGACUGCCGAAUUCGACAGCCACCGGGCCGAUUUCCGAAGUACCCUUGAUACCUUGGAAGUGGCCGCGUCCGAGACGGAGCGGGUCUACGAGCAGCGCCUCGACGAGUUGAUGCAGCAGAACAAGGAGCUACAGGACCGCGGAGAGGACGUGGAGACAGUCGCCCGGCAGCUGAAGCAGCUGGAGGAGCUGGUCUCAGAACUUGAGGAAGGACUGGAGGAUGCCCGGCGCGGCGAGGCUGAGGCCCGCGCUGAAGUUGAGUUUCUGCGCGGUGAGGUCGAGCGGACAAAACUCGAACUCAAAAAGGAGCGAGACAGCUCCGCUGCGGCGCUCAAAGAUGUCGAGGAUUCGGGUGUGGGCCAUGGAUACUCGAGGGAACUGGACCAGAAGGAUGACGAGAUCCGCGGCCUCAAGGCCAUCAUCCAUUCCCUCAGCCGCGGGGAUCCCAGCGUGGCCAUGCUCCAUCCCAAUGGCCUGGCGACUGGAGGUAGGCCCGGAGCCGUUGAUGAACACCUUGACCCUGACCACGUCGCCCGCCUGGAACAGCGCCUCCAGGAGUUUGAGGAGCUCGCCGACAACAAGAACUACCGCAUCGAGGAACUGGAACGUGAGCUGCAGCAACUGCAGAUCAAUGAAGACAGUACCACUCGCAGUCGCAGUCGCAACCGUAGCUCGACCAUUAGCCCUUCGACCCCGAAGCAGCACAAACCGUCCGGUUCAUCCGGUAAUGUGAAGUUCCCCGCCGUGGCCCAUCAUGCCCAUCGACUAUCAGACCGGACGAUUGUCCCGGGAGACUGGCAUGAUCUCGAGGGUGGCCCACCGCAAGCAUUCGGUGCGCACCACCAUCGGACGACCUCGGAGGGCUCUCACCACCGUCUAGAAACGAUGCACGAAUCCGACAGCCCGUCUUCGGACGAUGGAAACUCACUCUGGUGUGAGAUUUGCGAGACCGGCGGCCACGACAUCCUGAACUGCACCAACAUGUUCGGCGCUGGAGCUACAACCACCGCCCCCGCCCCCGCUGAAGCUACGGCCACCAACGGUCACAGCGAAGUGGUGGAAAAGACGAGCGACAGCCCGUCUCUAGAUGGAAAGGACACUCCCAACUCCUCCAUCCCGGAUGAGACGCCAACCGUUUAUGACUCGGAUGAGCCGGCCCCGUUAACAACCCAGAAGACCGGUCGAGAUGCAGUCCUCGAAGGGCUGAAAAGCAUUGGAGGUCUGACUUCGUCUAUGUCUCCAGUGGCGGGCAAGGCAUCGGGUGUUAUUGAUGAGACCAAAUGGUGUGCUCUAUGUGAGCGAGACGGCCAUGAGAGCAUCGACUGUCCCUUCGAGGACUAA